UUCACAUGUUUUUUAAUCAACAUAAUAAUAUGGCAACAUUGGCGGUGUGCAGUUAGCACUAGCAAUAGAGACAAAAAGGUUUUGUCAAUCUUGAUUCGUGAGUCGAAUUGUGAAUCUAGUCUAGAAGUUUCCCAUCAAAUAAUACCGCACUUUCAUAUUCGGUUUUAGUAUUCUAAAUCAUUUAUAUAUUGUAGCCAUGUCCAGCGAAACUGCAGUCCCUCCACCCGUUUUAUGGGCCCAAAGGAAAGAAGACGUGUUGCUCACGUUUAGCGUCGAAUCUAAAGACCCAACCAUCAAAAUAGAAAAGGAUUCAGUGUACUUCAAAGGAGUUAAUGCACAGGACAACAGACUCCACGAGGUGACAAUACCUUUGUACGAUGCUGUAGUUCCAGAAAAUAGCGGCUUUGUAAAUAAAGGAAGAUGCAUUGAAAUGGCUCUAAAAAAAGAAAAGAAGGAUGCAGGAUACUGGCCUUCCUUGACUAAAGAUAAAAAGAAACCCCAUUAUCUGAAAGUCGACUUUAAUAAGUGGAAAGAUGAGGAUGAUGAAGAGGAUAACGGCGGCGGCAACAACUAUGAUAUAAGCGAAAUGCUCCGGUCCAUAAGCGGUGCCGGCGACAAACAGGACAAACCUUCAUUCGACGACUUGGAAAGUGAUUCAGAUGAUGAAAACUUACCAGACCUGGAGUGAAAACACUAGUGUUGUCUAAAUUUAAUCUUGACACUACAUUAUGUAUAAGAUUUUUACAGAAUAAAAUUUAAAAUGAUAAAUUUCCACAAUCAUUUUAUUGUGUUCAAGCUCUAUUUUGAACAAAAGCAAUAAAUAUUGUCCGAGCUUGAUUUUGUACAGAUAUCCAGUUUUUAUUGUUACUUCAGUAUGUUCUGGUAAUUAUAAGCUAGUAAUUAUCUUUGCAAAUUGUAGCUUAACUGGUUUAAAUUAAAUAACUAACUCAUUUUCAAAGCUUUAAUAUUAAUUAUAUAUUCUGUAUAAUAUGGAUACCUUGUACAAUAAUUAUAAUGGUACCAUAUAUGUUACAUACAUUUAGACCUUUAGAGUUAUUUGCUGUGCCUAUACCUGUUACACAGUAGGAAUCAUAUCUUGACACAAGUGAAAGGAUGUAUUGCUAAUGUUUUUAAGUAGAUAAAUCUUAGAGCUUUCUGGAACAACUGAAGAGUAUGCAAGUACAAAUAAAUUGUUUAGUCUAAAA